AUGCGGCCCGCGCUCGCCGGCGGCCGCAGCGAGAGGGGGGAGAGGACGACGCGGAAGGCAGGGAAUCACUCAGAACUUCCAUCGGCUCGCUGGUUUCGAGGAGGGCACCGGCUGUCGCCUCGUGUCUCCUCGUCUCCCCCUCCUGUCGCCUCGCCCUCGGGCCUGUGUCUUCUCCUCGCUUUCAGUCUUUUCCUCACCCCUUCGCUCGCCUCCUUCGGGGACGCUCUCGUUGACUUCUAUGCAAGGCGGGAAGUCUCCAUCCGCGCCGGAGUCGCCUCUGCGCUUACUCCCUUCUCUUUCUUCCACUCCCCGGGUCCGUCGGCUGUCGCGCACGCUCUCUCUCCUCCCUGCGUCGCGGCCUCGCAGCGCAUCCCCUCUCUCGUCGUGUCUCCGCCGCCCUCGUCUGCUCGACGUCCUGCAGCUGCGUCGGCUCCCUGGGGCACCCCCGCGGCCUGUCUGACGUCAUCGGGAGCGCGCCGGAGGCGACGCCGCGGCGGCGCGGCUGCUAAGCGGCCGUCCCUCGACCGGCGCCUCGCCCGUCGUUUCCCAGUUUCCAUUCUCUCUCCCAGCGUUCGCCGCACGAGGUCCAGUGAAGCCUGCCUCGCGUUCCUCCUUCUGACCGCGACUGCUCAGCGCCCGCAGUCGGUCGCGCCGGCGAGCGCCUCCACGGGGCAGCCGCGCCCGUGUGCUGGGUCGCUGCGGGCGUCCGCACAGCAAGUUGAAGCGCUCCGCGCGCCUCUUCCUGGGCGGUCUGCGCUGCUUUCGGAUGCGCGAAGAGCGCCCGCGUCGACGGCGAGCCCCUUUCCAGAUCCGAAGGCGGCUGCGCCUGCGGCGUCCUCGACCGCGCUGCGGAUGAUAUGGGGCUAUCCGGUCUUCGGGGAUGACCCAAAGAAGCUGCGGAGAAAACCCGUCGACCACGCGUGGGAGCGAGGUCUGCGCCGGGCGAACUUAGCCUGGGAGUACGAGACCGCCAACCGCCUCGCGCAGGGCAUUUACUACAUCAAAGAGGAGCACUCGAUUCAUACAAUCGAGGAGGAAGGCCUCGGCACGACGGACGACAUGAUGAUGACGGCUGAGCAGGCCGCAGGAAACGUCGAAAUUGAUCCCGAGGAAGUCGAGAAGAUCAAAAGAAUCCUGCCCACGGUCGAUCGCGGAGACGGAGUGGGCAUUGCGACCCUGAUUGGUGCCAAAGACGGGAUGUUUGCCUUCCGCUACAACGGGCCUCUGACACACAAAUUCGGUUUUAAGCAGUGGCUGCGGUACCUCAUCACAGCAAAUUAUCCAGGAGCAAAAGUGCGAUUAGUGACGGAGCACACUAUCGACCCUGAAGACCGACCAGGCAACCAAAAACAUCGGCUGUCGGACGAAGUGCUAGCGCAGACUCGGAAAACCGUCUUCUGGAGGCGCCCAUAUCACUACGAGAAUCAGCAAGAAGCGUACGGUCCCAACCCCGUGGGCCACGUCCCGUCGCCUCAGCAAAUUCGCUAA